UUAAAUAACACGUAAGGUAGUUGGUAAGAAACAUCAGCUGAUUAAUUAUACUAUGUCAUCUCUAAUAAUGCAGUAUUUUUGCCAAUUUCUUUGUCUCAAUAUGGAAUUAGUUGUCAACCCUGAGACUUGGAUGUCGUGCUAAUACAGCAAGAGCGUUUACUUGGCUAACAUUAAAUAUGUUCAUGUUUUAAGCAUAGAAAGGCAUAUUCAAGCUGCAACAUUUUCUUGCCUGACUUUCUCUUUUUUUUUCUUUAUAAAUCUACAUCUCGUUUUACUAAUUCCUUGUUUACAAAGAAAAGAAUGGCUGAAUCUCUUCUGCUCAACCUUGCAGAGAGCGUUCUUGGAAAAUUAGGCUCUCUUGUGCUGGAAGAAUUUUUCUUGGUAUGGAGACUAGAGAGUGAUCUUGAACAAAUUAAGAAGCUCUUAAAGGGUAUCACGGCUGUGCUUUUGGACGCUGAGCAGCAGCAAUCCCAGAACCACCGGAUACAAGUGUGGCUUGAGGAGCUCAAAGAUGUCCUUUAUGAUAUAGAAGAUGUCGUGGAUGAAUUUGAGUGUGAAGGGUUGAGAAGGCAAGUGGUGAAAGCUGCAAGGAAUACGACCAGAAAGAUACGUCGUUACCUUUCAAGUUCUAAUCCACUAGCAUUCUGCUUUAGAAUGGCCUAUAAACUGAAGAACAUUAGAGAGAGAGUAGGUAAACUUGUUAAACUUAAGUCUGAUUUUGGUUUGACCGAGGGGGUCAAUGACAGGCAAGUCAUUAGCAAAAAGAGGAAAUUGACUCACUCCUUUGUGGAUGCUGCAACUGUCAUUGGGAGAGAUGGAGAUAAAGAAAAUAUCAUAGAUCAUUUAUUAAAUCCUGUGGAUGUUGAAAAUGUCUCCAUUCUUCCAAUUGUGGGGUUAGGAGGUCUGGGUAAGACUACACUAGCUAAGCUGGUGUAUAAUGAUCAAAGGGUACAAAAUCAUUUUAAGAUAAAGGUGUGGGCAUGCAUCUUCGAUGACUUUGAUUUGCAGGAAGUUCUUAGAACAAUUAUCCAGGCUGCCACAAGUCAGGAAUGUAAAGGUUGGGAUAUAGAAAAAUUGCAAGCAUUCUUGAGAGAGACUGUUAACAAUAAAAAAUACUUGCUUAUCUUAGAUGAUGUUUGGAAUGAGGACCGCCGGAAGUGGAAUGAAUUGAGAGCUUUAUUGAUGGGGGGUGCUAAGGGAAGUUGGAUUAUAGUCACGACUAGAAAAAAUAGUGUUGUCUCACUCAUGGCUAAUGUUCCACCUUACAAUUUAAAUGUACUUUCUUAUAAGAAUUGUUUGUCUUUGUUUCUCAAAUGUGCAUUUAAAGAUGGACAAGAAGUGAAACACUAUCCAAAUCUAGUUAGAAUAGGUGAAGAAAUUGUACGAAAAUGCAAAGGAGUUCCUCUAGCAGUAGAAACAUUAGGAAAUUUGCUUUAUUCCAUCACCAGCGAACGCGAGUGGAAAUCUGUAAGGGAUAAAGAGAUCUGGAAACUGGAGCAAAAAGAGGAUGAUAUAAUGUCUGCGCUAACGAUUAGUUAUGAGCAGUUGCCAUCUUACUUGAAAAGAUGCUUUGCAUACUGUUCAUUUUUUCCGAAAGAUCAUACAUAUAGUGAUUUUAGAUUAAUUUAUUUUUGGAUGGCACAUGGGCUGCUUCAGUCAAAGAACGAGCAUGAAGAAUUAGAAGAUGUUGGAUUGCGUUACUUCAAAGAGUUAUGUUCGAGAUCUUUUUUCCAAGAUUUUGAUCAACUGAUUGGUUUGGUUCGUUGUAAAAGAAUGGCUGAUCUGAUGCAUGAUCUAGCGUUAUCAUUAACACAAAAAGAGUGCUCAAUAGUAACAUCGGAAACCCAACAAAUACCCGGAAAUGUUCGGCAUUUGUUAUUUGCGGAUCUUAAUUCACUUCCUAAACCUAUCCCUAUGAGCUUGCAAGGUUUAGACAGUGUUCGAACCAUUGCACCUUUUGUUGACUCGGAAUUUAUUAGUCAAUCAUUCCUCCAGACAUAUUUGCCAAGAUUUCAAUUUCUGCGGUACUUGGAUUUGAGACAUUCUGAGAUAGAGAUACUGCCGGAAGGUGUUGGUGUGUUAAAGCAUUUGAGAUUUCUUAGUUUAUCCGUGUCCAAAAUGAGAAGACUACCUAAUUCUAUUUGCAAAUUACAGAGCUUACAAACUUUAUGGCUUAAAGGCUGUGAUGGAAUUGAAGAGUUACCAAGUGACAUGAGGUGCUUCAUCAGCCUUAGAUCUCUGUCAAUAACCACAAAGCAAAAGUUGUUUCCAAAUGAUGGAAUAGGCUGCUUGAAAUCUCUUCGAUGUUUAGAAAUUUAUUUGUGUGAAAACGUAGAAUACUUGUUUGAAGAUAUGCAUGGUCUCGCCAGCCUUCGAAAACUGUCUAUCGUGAAUUGUUCAAGCUUAAAAAGUUUGCCGCAGAGUAUGAAGUACCUGACUGCACUGGAGGUUCUUGUUAUCAAUGGCUGUGAGAACCUUGAUUUGGAAAUGGAGGAGGAAGAGAGCAAUAAUGAACAAGACUUGACUCAAUUCUGCCGCCUUGAGAAAGUGAUACUUGGAUAUCUACCAAAAUUGGUGGAAUUUCCGCGGUGGCUUCUCAAUAGUUACUCCAACACUCUCCAAUUCUUCCGUCUUGUAAACUGUUACAACCUGAAAGAGUGGCCUGCUUGCCCCACUUGUGUUCAAGAAUUAGAUAUAGAUCAUUGUGGAAGGUUUACAACAAGGGAUGAUUGGUCUAGCAUUGCUCAUGUCCCCAAAAUUCUUAUCAACGGAGUUCAGCUACAACCCACAGCAAGGAACUGUGGAACAUCCUAUCCUAGCUGUUGUAGACCUUAAAUAGUUGAAAUUUUUUGAACUGGCAAGUUUAAACUGCAAAAGAAAUCAAAUUUUUUUAACCAAAAGCUAGUCUUGGAUUAAUUCUUGUGUGUUUCAGCUUAUAGUGUUCCAACUUGCUGUAUUUUCUUUUGUUUCCCAGGCACUACCCACGGUUGCAAACAAGGAAUGGUGGGAAGAAAUUGACAAUAAAUUCCAAACAUGGCCUUGUACUGUCGGACCAUUCCUGGUGAUGAAUCAAAUCGGUCGUCAGAACUUCAUUGUGAAAUAAUAUUUGGUAAUACCUUUGUUGGUUAUGAUUUUAUCUGGUUUGGGUUCUUGGCGCAUAGCCGCAAUUAGCUGAUUUGGGGCCUUUGCUUUUUUCAUAUUUGAUUCAUCAUCCUACAUAUAUGCUACUGGCAUGCAAACUCUGUUAUCUUUCAUUAAAUCAAAUGAUUCGUCAUGGUAGAGAAGAAAAAUGGCGCACGGACCGUACUCGAGCUUCGGAUCAAUGUCCCCAGAAGCAAGGAGUACGCCUGCGUGUUUCAACGAGCUCAAGAGAAAUGAAUAGCAGUAAACAGUUCAGAAGUGUUUAUGGUGUCUUUUGCAUUCAUAUUUGGUCUCUGGUUUCUGAAUUGAUCGGAUAUAUAUAUAUAUCUGUGUUGGUUCAUAAAUGUAAUAGCUCUGUAACCAGUUGGGUUGGUUGACUUUUUAAGUUAGGUUCUGUUUAUUUACUCAUUUUUUAGCAAAAUUGAUUUGAAAUUUGGUUUGGUUUAUUACACCCUGUUCCCUGUGGAUGUUGGCAUUUAGCAAGUUGUACAUAGUAUCUUAAAGCAGUUAAAUAUUUAUUGCUGCAAUUGCUCUUGA